UAUUGAAAACUAGACAGACCUUAAUAGUGUGUUUAUUUAGCAUUUUGUCUUUAUCACUGGUAUUGGAUGGGAUGUGGGAUGGAUAGAUCCGGUCGGAUCGAAUGGAAAGAAUGCAAAGCACUCCUUCGCCAGAUCGCUUGGGGCCUCAGUGGUUUUGUUUCCCUAGGAACUAGUUGCUUAGGUCUAAUAACUUUAACUGCUUCACACGGAUCUGGACUGCCUCAAACGAACAAGGCGAGCUCGCACGCAUGUUCGCGUUGUUUUGACGAGAAAGUGGAUUUACACAGCGCAAAGGGAGAUCGACUUGCUGACUAGCAUACCGCAAUAAAAUCUCGGACGGCUUUGGGCCAGCAGUUAUGUGGGAGCAGAGCGUGACCCAUUCUCACGCCAUCCGUGUAGCGUGAAACUACAAGCCAGGCGUCAUGACGCAGAGAGAUGCCCUGGAGUCUGUGGUACCUAUGGUGAACCGCUGGCUUGAAGGGGUGCAUUCUGCUAUGAAACAUGGGACAUUUUAUGGAGCCAAUGAAUAUGAGGAAUGUAUCCAGGCAGAUGAUAACGAAGACGAAUCAAGCGCAAACCUGCCCCCAGGUAGCGCCAUCUACAAUGAACUCAUUCAUGAACAAUCGAGGAUCCCAAAAAUACAUCAUAAGUUGCAAAGACACAAAGAUAUCAACUGUAAUUUCGAGGUACCAUCAGAGUAUCCUGGACUACAUGGCGACCCUACGGCUUCCAAGUCCUUGUCAACAGACGAUAUCCCAUUAUGCUUCGAUAGCAGUGAACGGCAGAACUAUUUACUUGCUCGAAACACCGUCAGAGAGUCAUUCGACUCGACCGCCGUUCAGCGGCCGUUCUCGCCGGCAUCGACAGUUGAACAGCUCUCUCUAGGAGGCGACGAAGUACUAGAUCUACACCCGCAAUUUCGUAAAUUGAAUUUGAUGAGAAGAGCGUCGGAUGGAAUGAUAAACCCUCAAAUGGUCAAGCGGCUGAAUAGUCAAUGGGAGACGUCGCGUUCUAUCAGUGAUGUACGUUGUCCUAGCCGCGAUUCCAGCGCUCACUCUAGUCGCCCUUCCACCCCUAGAGUCUCGGGGUCAAGUGGAGGCGGCAGAGUCAAAUUGCCCUCGCUUUGUCAGCAAGUCAGUCCUCGGUCCAGGGAUAGCAGCAGAUACGGAGACCAUGUACCGGCCAUCGUGAGGUCUGAUGACGAAGAAUGCAGUGUGUCAAGUUCGUGUUCCAGUAACAGGUCAGAGCCACAUGGCGAACGCAUCAGAAGUCUGCACCCUGCGCAACCUCAGGACGCACCAGUCCUUGCGCAACGGAACGUACAACACCUGAGACUACAACGCCGUGGCUCCCUUCCCGCUGUCAUGUCAGCCAUGAGGCAUCGCGGGCUCCCUAAAGUCCUGGAGGAAAGCCCUGCGCAGGCGCUCAAAUGCCAAGAGGAGCCGGCACUCGUGGUACGACCGAAUCUCAAGAUCCCGAGGCAUCGAAUGCGCUCCAGGAGUCUUGACGGGCAGCUAGGAACGCCUGCCCAGUUUGCACAAUACAAGAUACGCAAGCUAAUGGAGAUGAAAAAAGAAAAAGAGUGACACAUGAAAGUCACACCAUGCCAUGAACAACGUAUCGAAAUUCUUCAAAAUAACAGUGGGCUGACGACGCGAUAAGCUAACGCAAAUACAACAACAAAAAUAGUCUAGCCAUAAUGCCUUGCUUUCCCUGAAUUUUCUCUAUGUGGGGGUUUUUGAAAGAUUAACAAUAAUCUAGACAGGCAAGGGUUAGGAUAUUCAAUAAUUAGUAUAAAUCGACGUCUGUAGACAGUGUCACACGUACGCUUAUUCUCUCGCAACUUGUUGUAUAAAAAAAGCAAGGUGCAUGCGCGUUUUGCACGUGUGACACCUCCUAAGCAACUUGAUAUUCUCUUCUCAAAGUUAAACUUGAAGUAGGACGGACGUUUUUCUUCAAGUCGCGGCAAUAACUUCGGGUGUGACGACAUGGGCGUACGCUUGACAAGUCUCAGCCAAAUAGUAAACGCGUGACAGAGUCUUAAACAGGGCAGUAUUUAGGCAACUUUUGCUUGAGCACAUAUAUCUAUACGAGAUUGUCCAGUUUAACAGCUAAACGCAAAUCUCGUGGAAACAUGCAUUAGCCACCACAAGUCAGAACUUGUGGACCAAGUUUAGUCAAUGGAAAAAAAGUAGGCUCAAAUUUGUGACAGUCAUCAUAACCGAAUAUAAAAUAAAAACAGGAAAAACA